CAAUGUGAUCUGUCACUACAUAGCCUGAGCGUGGAUGGCCAAAUAUAACUUAUCAUCGCAUCUCACCAGCCAUAAUAUCUUCACACCCACUCGUUGUCGUCCUGAUCAAGGAUCUUGAGCAUGGAUAUAAUCUCAAAGUUCGUAGAAACGGGCGUUGCGGCCAUCAACUUGAGAACUCUAGCAGCAUUCGUGCCUAUUCUAGAUGAAAGAAAGGCAGAGAUAGAGAAGAUAGAACGCAAGACUUUUGUAUAUGAUGACAAGCGCCGCACCAGAAAUGAGCUUGACGUCUAUUACCCGCUAAACUUGACUCUUACUAAGGGUGGGAAGACACCAAUCCUGUUUUUCGUCUAUGGAGGUGGAUACAACAGUGGAUCAAAAGAGUUUCCUGAACCAUUUUCUAUGGGGUAUCGCGCACUUGGAUCUUUCUUUGCACAACACGGUUUCAUCACCAUCAUCCCGGACUACAGACUUACUCCGGAGGUCAAAUUCCCGGCUUCAUCCGAAGACAUCCGUGAUGCAGUCAAUUGGGUUUGCGCCAACGUCGAUGUCAUUGGCGUACCCUCGAUACCCGCUCCUGAUGUAGAUGCUAUAUUUAUCAUGGGCCACUCAGCGGGUGACGUGCACACGAAGAUGUUGAGUCUUUACCCACCGGUAUCGAGUACCGUACAUGCUCGAUUCAAAGGCGUCAUCUGGUCUGGUGGUAGUUGGUUCAUGGUUGACGAGAAGAAAAGAUUCAGGAUGGAGGUUCCCACAAUGCAAUACAUUGGUUCUCAGGAGCAACAGAAGGAGAGGGAGCCGAGGGCGCUUUGGAAUGCUCUAUCUGAUGAACAGAUCAAGGACCAUCCUGAUAUUCUUCUUGUCAGGGCAGAGCGAGAGCCUGACUGGCUAUUGCUGUCGUGGGAAGAGAUCAUACCGGACAUCGAGAAGAGGCGUGGAGAGGCGCCCCAGAUGAUUAUUGGCAAAGGCCACAAUCACAUCAGCCCUAACUGGGCUUUAUGUUCCGGUGAAGGAGAAGAAUGGGGAGAAGAAGUUGUGAAAUGGAUGAAAGCUAGAAUUAACUAGCCUGCACGUAGUUUGCCUGAAUUUCUCUUAGAUCUUAGUUAUUACAGUCACCGAAUUCAAGAUGUUCUUUCCAUGUCAG